AUGAAAUUAUUAAAUGAAGAUCAAGAAGAACUAGACAGAAAAUUAAAGGAAGAUCAAGAAGAACCAGACAGAAAAUUAAAGGAAGAUCAAGAAGAACCAGACAAAAAAUUAAAGGAAAAUCAAGAAGAACCAGACAGAAAAUUAAAGGAAGAUCAAGAAGAACCAGACAGAAAAUUAAAGGAAGAUCAAGAAGAACCAGACAAAAAAUUAAAGGAAGAUCAAGAAGAUUGGAACAGAAAAUUAAAGGAAGAUCAAGAAGAACCAGACAAAAAAUUAAAGGAAGAUCAAGAAGAUUGGAACAGAAAAUUAAAGGAAGAUCAAGAAGAAUGGAACAGAAAAUUAGAAAAGAACCAAGACGACUUUUACAGCAAAUUAAAAGAACAAGAACAACAAGACAAAAAAUUAGAAGAAUAUACAGAGAUUCAAAUAAGGCCAAAAAAGAAAGAGGUGGGAAAAUGCAAGAAGAAAUGUGCAGAAAAGGGAAAGAUGAUAAAAAG